CCAUAACGUUUCUGUCGGCUUUCCACAGUUGAAAUUCGGUUGAGCUAAGGAACGCUCGUCUCCUUUGAGGAGACCGUACGCGGGAAAUUUAGCUUUGAAAGUGAACAGAACUAGAAAUUAGAAUUUUACAUACAUUUGAAAUUAAUUAAGUGCUGGUUUGGGUUUUUUUUUUUAUGGAGAUUUUUUUAAGCAUUUUCAUUGAAAAUGAUUUGAAUGGAAGAUAAUGUGAAAAUAAAAGUUGUGAACUAACAACGAACAAUAUGGCGAUCAAAAUUAUACUAGCAUUAGCCGUGUUGAUAAUUUACUUCCAUAAAAAUGAUGCAAAGAUAAGAUUCAAUGGUUUACAAGAGGAUUUUAUGAUUGAAUCUUAUAAUAACGAUAUAUUCGGCGAGGAUACCUUUUCACGGCUUAAAAGAAGCGUGGAGCAAGAUAAAAAAUUAUUGAUCGGUGAUAAUAAUAAAAGUAAAAAUGAGAUAGAAUCGAAUUCAUCGGAGCCGUGUGUGGGAGACGCAGAAUUUUGUAAUAUGACGAGAGAAGACUACAUACAAAUGCUGUAUGAAUACAUAUAUCCCCAAACUUAUGAGUGGGUAUUGAUAGGUGUACAUACGACGGUGUUUGUUAUUGGUUUAAUUGGAAACUUACUGGUGUGCUUGGCAGUGUACAGGAACCAUGCCAUGAGGACAGUGACCAACUAUUUCUUGGUUAAUUUAGCUGUGGCAGAUUUCAUGGUACUUUUGUUUUGUUUGCCGGCUACGGUUCUGUGGGACGUAACCGAAACUUGGUUCCUUGGAGACGCGUUGUGCAAGAUAUUGCUUUAUAUUCAGUCAGUAUCAGUGACUGUGUCAGUGCUAACACUCACUUUCAUCUCGGUGGACCGUUGGUACGCUAUUUGCUUCCCUCUCAAGUUCAAGUCAACCAUCAACAGUGCAAAAACCGCUAUACUCGUUAUAUGGGCCUUGUCGUUGGUUUUCAAUACGCCAGAACUAGUGGUGCUAACAACGGUGAAAGUAGUACCACUGAGGUUUGAUCUGGAGUACUUGGUCCAGUGUACUGCGACCUGGUCAUACAGCAGCGACCUCAUAUGGCACAUCAUCAGAAUUGUCUUUGUUUAUACGGUUCCCCUUCUUUUGAUGACUGUGGCCUAUCAUCAGAUCGUGAGGGUUCUGUGGAGCUCACAGAAGAUCCCAGGUUUAGCUGAAACCAUGAAACUAGCGUCAGCUGAACAAAUCCAGCUGCAAUCCCGUCGCAAAGCCGCGAAGAUGUUAGUAGCUGUGGUAGUAAUGUUCGCUGUUUGCUACUUCCCUGUGCACCUGUUGUCUGUGCUCCGGUACCUGGAUAUGGAACAGAAUGACAUGAUCACUUGUCUGGCGCUGGUGUCACAUGUUCUAUGUUAUGUCAACUCAGCCAUCAAUCCAUUAAUAUACAACUUUAUGAGUGGUAAAUAUAGACGUGAAUUUCGCCGUGUGUUCUGCUGUAAUCAAAAUCUCACCAGGAAUACAUUUACCACAAUGACUCGGCUGACAACGUCUCGCAAGAAAUACGAAACUGCUGACAAGACACAGAGGAGCUCUUUGAAGUUUCAUAAAUGUGAAAAUAUGGCUUUGAGACACCAUAAUUGUGGUCUGGCCUUGAAGUCGCAAUGUGGUCAUAUAGCGCUCAAUGAAAGGGUCAAUGAAUUGAACCAAGGGUUCAGGGUGUGUGAAAACGUUAUGAAGAACGGUCAGAGGUGUUCCAUUAAAGCAAUCGGUUUCUGAGCUCCGGAUAUAGAUGUGUAUGAUGCUUAUUUAUGGAACCGAUUCCUAUUUGAAUUUGUUGUUUAUUGGUCUUGAAUCAUUAUUGACUUAUCAAUAGCGAUGUCGGCGGCUUUGAAAAACUUUGGCCGUUAUUUUGAACAGUUUCCACGUUAUGUACAACGUUAUUACGUACUUGAAAUUUCUAGUUAAACCAUUUUCAUCAAAAUAUUUCGAAACAUACACAUCAGAAUAAAAAAACCUGUGAAAGGAUAAACUCAUCUUAACAAAGUAUAAUAAUAUUAAAUUGUCAAGAAAAUAAUAAAUUUAUUAUCCUUUGUUCCCUCCUAAGUGUUUACAAAGGACAUUGUGUUUCAGAAUUUUUUAAAUUUUUUUUAUCCUUAAGUUUUUUUCUGUGAAUAUCAGACAGUGAAUAGCACAUGGGAAAUAUAAAGCAAAUAUAUUACCUCUAAAUACACCUCUGUAAUUAUAAUACUUACUUACUUAAUCAAAAUCCGACAACUAUUUAUUUUGGGGUGCUAUUUAAUUUUAGUUAUAAAAUUUUGAAUGUGUUUAAAAAAAAAUAAACGCUAGAAAUAUAAAUAUAAGACGAAGGAAACAAUAAAUGUUAAUAAAUUAUGAUUAUACUUUAAGUAUAUUGGUGUAUACCUACCGUCUAGUCUAUAUAGAAUGUAUUAUGUGCAUCUGUAAGUAUUUUAAAUAAGUAUUUAUACAAUUUCUGGACGUAAGCGGAAAUUUAACACUAAGUUAAUUCGUUACUGUAAUUCCUUUACCUAAAGCUGUGUAAUUCUAGGUUAAACUAUGGAAUCUGUAGAUCUUGGUUUUUAUAUAAAUUAAAUAUUACGAAACAAUUCUUAUACUUUUGUUUUUUAUAUUAUAACACAUACUUACUAUAGAUAUAUUUUUAAUUUUUAAGUAAAAAUUUGAAUAUAUGUAGUGAACGAAAAAGAAUAUAAUAUUAAAAUUACUUUGUAAAUAAACUUAUAACAAAAUUUAGAAGCUAUUCGUCAAUAGUUUUUCUGUUAUGGGUUGGCUAUUUAAAGAAAGGUAAAACUGUUUUAAAAUGUAUGUCGGGUGUGGCUUGAGAAAGAAGAAAAAAUACUUCUUUAAAUAAAGCGACAUCUGUUAUGAUUUCCCCGAACUACAUCAAAUACCACAUUAACUUAAUUUGUUGUUUUGGUGAUGACAUCUAGAUGAAAAAAACGGCUCCAGUUUCAGUGUUGCAAAGUUGGAUAAUUUUAUGAUUUAAACGUAUAAUGUGGGUGAUUAUUGUUAACAUUAAAAAUGAUAAAGAAAUAGUGGAAAAUUAGUUUAGCUGAAGGUAAUGUUAUAAAAAAAAUUGAUAAAUUAUUUAAGUUCAUUCAUAAUAUUAUUAAUUUUUUUAUUAUUAACAAAAAAAUUUUUUUUCAAGGAUUGUACAUGAUAGUUUUAUUCAUAUUUUCGAAAGUCGAGUCCUCGUCGGCGCCACCGGGCUGUAACACAAAGAAGGCCUCACUACCGAUCGACAUUCGACACAUUCGCAUCAAGUCAUUAGAAGGUGUAACUAGUGUUCGUACAGUGAAGGACACGUAUAAUUACGCAAAAAUUGUGACUGGAGUUGGAUAAUAUUCUGUGAAGUGAUCUAGUAAAACAAAGUAGUGUCAAAGGAUAUAAAUAUAAACUUCAACUAAAACUA